AUUAGUCAGAAUUCAUGCAAUACUUUGGCGCGUAACGUCUAAAAACAGCCGUCAUAUUUGAAAAAGCGAGACAAAAACUUAUCUUUGUGAAGAAGAGUCCUUUGUUAACGGAAAUCGCCCAAGUUCGUUGCUGUUAUUAAGUUUUAUUAUUUAAGUUCACAUAACCUCUGCACUUAUCCCUUUCAAUUCACACCGCAGAUUUUAAGUUUCCUUUUACCAUGGCGGACGAAAGAAUCAGAUCUUACAAAAAUAAGGGGAAAAAUUCCGAGGAAAUGCGGUUAAGACGUAUUGGACAAACUGUUGAACUGCGAAAAGCUAAAAAGGAAGAACAAUUAUUGAAAAGAAGAAAUAUUGCGAUUGAAGAUGAGGAUCCAGCGUCUCCUUCAGAAACUAAUGCAGCUGCAAAUUCUCCAGUUACUAUGUCAACUGAGGAGAUCCUCUUCGGAAUGAUGAACCCCGAUGAAAAUAUUCAGCUCAAUGCUACAAUGGCAUGCAGGAAAAUAUUGAGCAGAGAGAGGAAUCCACCAAUUGAUCAUAUGAUUAGAUUAGGUGUUGUUCCCAAAUGUGUUGAAUUUUUAGAAAAGUCUCACAAUCCAGCACUUCAGUUUGAGGCUUGUUGGGCUUUGACCAACAUAGCAUCUGGCACACCUGAACAAACAGCUCAGGUUGUUCAAGAAGGAGCUUUGAGCAAACUGAAAUUGCUUCUGAUGUCUCCCAGGCUGGACAUCGUUGAACAAGCUGUGUGGGCUAUUGGUAAUAUUGCUGGUGAUGGUCCUCUUACCAGGGAUUUAGUUCUUCAGUGUGAAAUAUUGACAGAUCUUCUCCGUUUAAUCUCUCAUUAUUCACCAAACAUACCAAUUUCAUUGUUGAGAAACAUAGUUUGGGCAAUCUCGAAUCUUUGCCGCAACAAGAACCCACCGCCAGAUUUCGAAAUCGUUAGACAUGCUCUACCAACAUUGGCAAAAUUAUUGCUCUAUAAGGAUAAGGAUGUCUUGGCAGAUGCUUGCUGGGCAUUGAGUUACCUAACAGACGGGACCAAUGAGAAGAUUCAAGCAGUGCUGGAUACUGGAAUGAUUGAUACUUUGGUAGAACUUUUGGGUUGUGAAGAAAACACAGUUCUUACACCAUCACUGAGGACUGUUGGAAAUAUUGUAACUGGCAAUGACGCACAAACUGAUAUUGUGCUCAAUGCUGGUUUGUUGAAAUACAUGCCUCGUUUACUCCAACAUCCAAAACUGAAUAUCGUGAAAGAAGCAGCCUGGACUGUGUCCAACAUAACCGCUGGUAACCCUGAACAACUCGAACAGGUUUUGAAGUCCGGAAUAAUGCCGUACCUUAUCAGAAUUUUGCAAAUUGGUGAUUUCAAGUCGCAGAAAGAAGCCGCGUGGGCGGUGACCAACUUCACCAGUGGUGGUACCACAGAGCAAUUGGUGACAUUGGUAGGGAUGGGUGUGAUAAGACCAAUGUGUAAUUUAUUGAAUGCCAAAGACGCAAAAACCGUACUUGUCAUUUUGGAUGGCUUGGCGAAUAUACUCACUGCCGCUUCUAAAGUAGGACAGGUGAAUGAAAUUGCAAUUAUGAUAGAAGAAUGCGGUGGUCUUGAUAGUGUAGAGAGCUUACAAACCCAUGAAAAUGAGAAGGUUCUUGAGAAGGCCUAUGGUAUUAUUGAGAACUUCUUUUCUGAAGAGGACGAUACAUUCGACUGCAAACCAACAACCACUGCCGACGGCAUGCUUACCAUGCACGCAUGUCCUAGCCUACCGAACAACAGUGGAUUUUCAUUUUAAGCUUUAUUGUUUUUAACAAAUUCGAACAGGGCCUAAUUGUCUUUCUCAAGAAACUAAAAAGAAAUCCUUCUUGAUGGUUGCAGAGAGGUUUUCUCUUGAAAAUUUUCAAAUAACAAUUUGAACAAUGGUUAUUAUGAAGGUGGACAAUUUUUUACAUUUAUAAUUGUUAAUUUUGUAAGUUUUCAUUGUCGAAUUUUUAGAGUUAGAUGCUUUUCAAAUUUUUCUAUACAUGUACAUCUGAAAUGAAAAUUCGAAUAAACCCAGUUACAUUUCCA